UCUUCCUUCAGGAGACGGGUCCCUACCCCGCCUCAUCAUGUCAAGACGAAGCCAGCGCCUCACGCGCUACUCCCAGGAUGACAACGAUGGCAGCAGCAGCAGUGGUGCGAGCUCCGUGGCAGGAAGCCAGAGCAGCCUGUUUAAAGACAGUCCUCUCAGGACUUUGAAGAGGAAAUCGAGCAGCAUGAAGCGCCUGUCCCCAGCUCCACAGCUGGGCCCCUCCUCUGACUCUCACACCUCCUACUACAGCGAGUCUGUGGUUCGGGAGUCCUACAUAGGCAGCCCCCGGGCCGCGUCCCUCGCCAGGAGUGCCCUCCUGGAUGACCGUCUACACGGUGACCGUCUACACAGUGAGCCAUACUGGAGUGGGGACCUGCGGGGAAGGAGGAGGAGAGGCACAGGCGGCUCGGAGAGCAGCAAAGCCAAUGGGCUCACCACUGAGAGCAAGGUCUCAGAGGACUUUUUCGGCUCUUCCUCAGGCUACUCUUCAGAGGAUGACUUUGCAGGUUACACAGACUCCAACCAGCACAGCUCAGGGUCAGGGUUAAGGAGUGCAGCAUCUCGAGCGGGUUCAUUUGUCUGGGCCCUGGUCACUUUUCCAGGCCGGCUCUUUGGUCUUCUCUACUGGUGGGUUGGCACCACCUGGUACCGCCUGACGACUGCUGCCUCCCUCCUGGACGUCUUCGUCUUAACCAGGUCCAGGCACUUCUCACUGAACCUGAAGACUUUUCUGUGGUUCCUUCUGUUCCUGCUGCUCCUGACUGGUCUGACCUAUGGUGCUUGGUAUUUUUACCCCUUUGGGCUGCAUACACUGCAGCCCACCUUGGCUUCCUGGUGGGCAGCAAAGGAGAGCAGGCGGCAACCGGAGGUGUGGGAAUCCAGAGAUGCCUCCCUGCACUCCCAGGCUGAGCAGCGGGUUCUCUCCCGGGUGCACUCCCUGGAGCGGCGUCUGGAAGCUCUUGCUGCUGAGUUUUCCUCCAACUGGCAGAAGGAGGCCAUGCGGCUGGAACGCCUGGAGCUGCGGCAGGGGGCUACUGGCCAUGGAGGCAGCAGUGGCUUGAGCCAUGAGGAUACCCUGUCUCUCCUGGAGGGGUUGGUGAACCGCCGUGAGGCUGCCUUGAAAGAGGACUUGCGCAGGGAGACGGUGGCUCGUAUCCAGGAAGAAUUGGCAGCCCUGAGGGCAGAGCAUCACCAAGACUCGGAAGACCUCUUCAAGAAGAUUGUCCAGGCCUCUCAGGAGUCUGAGGCUCGUGUCCAGCAGCUAAAGACAGAGUGGCAAAGGAUGACCCAGGAGGCCUUCCAGGAGAGCUCGCAGAAGGAGCUGGGACGGUUGGAAGCCCAGCUGGCCAGCCUGCGGCAAGAGCUGGCUGCCCUGACUCUGAGGCAGAACUCGGUGGCAGAUGAAGUGGGACUGCUGCCACAGAAGAUCCAGGCUGCCAGGGCUGAUGUGGAAUCCCAGUUCCCUGACUGGGUCAGUCAGUUCCUUCUCCAAGAUAGGGGUGCCCGUAGCGGACUCCUGCAGAGAGAUGAGCUGCAUGCUCAGCUGCAGGAGCUGGAGAGCAAGAUCCUUGCCAGCAUGGCUGAGAUGCAGGGCAAGUCAGCCAGGGAGGCUGCAGCUUCUCUGGGACGGACACUGCAGAAAGAAGGCGUGGUCGGGGUGACAGAGGAGCAAGUGCACCAGAUCGUCAAGCAAGCCCUGCAGCGCUACAGCGAGGACCGUAUUGGAAUGGUAGACUACGCCCUGGAAUCAGGAGGAGCCAGUGUUAUCAGUACUCGGUGUUCCGAGACUUAUGAGACAAAGACGGCCCUCCUCAGCCUCUUCGGCAUCCCCUUGUGGUACCACUCACAGUCACCGCGAGUCAUUCUCCAGCCAGAUGUGCACCCAGGCAACUGCUGGGCCUUCCAGGGGCCUCAGGGCUUUGCUGUGGUCCGCCUCUCUGCUCGUAUCCGCCCCACAGCUGUCACCUUAGAACAUGUGCCUAAGGCCUUGUCACCCAACAGCACUAUCUCCAGUGCUCCCAAGGACUUUGCCAUCUUUGGCUUUGAUGAAGACCUGCAGCAGGAAGGGACACUUCUUGGCACGUUCGCCUAUGACCAGGAUGGAGAUCCCAUCCAGACCUUCUAUUUCCAGGCCUCCAAGAUGGCCACAUAUCAAGUCGUGGAGCUUCGGAUCCUGACCAACUGGGGCCACCCUGAAUACACGUGCAUCUACCGCUUCCGGGUGCAUGGAGAGCCUGCUCACUAGCCCUUUAAGACCUUGUGCCUGCUGCUAGCCGCCUGGGAGGCCCACCCUUCCCAGCAUCUACCCCUGCUCUGAGAGUAGGUGUACAGCACCCCCAUCACUGCCCGCAAAUGCUUGAUAGCGCUGACUUCAGGAGCAAGAACGAAGAGGCAGCAUGUGUAGGAUUCCCUGCAUAACCAAGCAGCUUGAGGUUGCCAACAGGCUCCCAUGCCUCUCUUAGUCCUCCCUCUAGAGCUAGGCGCCUGCCAGGGUGUAUAUAUGUAGCAUACUUUAGAGGUCUGGGAGUCAGGAAGUGAGACUAUUUGGUGGAGGGACUGGCAGCAGGGAGCUUCUGGUAGGUGCCAAAGCCAUGUGCACACUAAGCCAGAGCCCCAGGGAGGUGAGCUGGGGGGUCUUGUGGCCUUUUAGGACAGUGCUCAGCACUAUACAGCAGGAACUAUCUCUGGCAGAUACCCUGGCCCACAGGGUCCCUGAGGUUUCUUGUAUCCUGGAGGGUACCAGGUCCUGUGUGCCUCUGAGUACUGCUGUCUGUGCCAACCUGGAUCCCCAGUGCCGGGGACCAUUGCUUUUUCUCCUGAUGUGGGGUGAGGGUCUACUUUGUACUUCAUUCCUGCUGUAUCCUGCCUGUGCUUCAGAGCAAGGUUUCCAUUCCCCCAGGGGAGGACCUAGGCUGUCUUUGGGGCCAUUCCAUCAGGGUAGCCUCGAAGAGAGGGAAAAUGACCUUGGGGAGUUCUCCUGGUCUAGUGCCAAUAGCCACGGUGUGGUUCAAGGUGUCAGGUGGAGAGGCUACACUAGCCCACUCCCAUCUAGUGAAGGCCCUGCCCACUCUAAAGCAGCUCCCUUGGGCUUUCAGCUCUUGCUUAGAUCCCUUCUCUGUGGGGGCAGUUGGGUAGGGGCUGGGAGGGAGGCUGGCAGAAGUUACCUUGUGUGGGGAGGAGGAAGAGGCUUUCAGACUGAAUGGCCCUGCUGUAUUAUAUAUAGAAUUCUCAAGGUCAGUUUUUAUUUUUUGUUUUUUGAAACUGAAAAGCUACAGGCUUGAUUCCUAGCCCCAUUCUGCGGGGCACCAGCUGUUACUCAGUUCCCAGUUCCUGGCCUCUGAGAGGGGCUUGGUUCUGGCCUAUGGGAAGGGCCAAGGGGAGCUGUCAGGCAGGGGCAAGCAGAAGCCCUCUUAGGUGUUCUGGUGAAGCCACAACCUGCACAUCCCUGCCCUCAGGGCUUGUAUUGUGCUCUCUUGUCACAAAUGCUGCACUGUUGGUUCUUUUUUAAACAAAACAAAACAAAAAAACCUCUCCAGACUGUAAUUUAUGCCUAUGCAAAAAAAUAAAGGAUGCACAGGAUCAAUGAA